AAUAAAACUUGAUUUUAUAGUGUUGAAUUCUGAAUGAUGUAUGCAUUUGAUAAGCCGCAGAUUUAUAGUUUUUAACCUUAUCCUUAUGGUAUGGUUGGUGGCGACAUUGAUGUCAUUUUGAUCAGGUACGAUGGUGGAUAUUUGUGCUUCAGGGAGGACCCGACACUCCUCCUUGUGGGAGGGAGGGGAUGUGGCAGGAGUAGUAGAGAAAGCAGAAAGCAAAGGAGCAGAAGCCUUUAUAUCACUGAGGAGGUACUUCCCGGGGCUUCCUUCCUCCUUCAGGAACACCCACCUUGUUUCGUAGUGGGCCACAUGAUGCAAAACUACAUGUGUGUUGGCAGCAUAAAUGUCUGAAGGAGAACCACGAUGGGCCGAGAGAUUCUGUGCCUGAUACCUCAUCCACCAUACACCAUGUGCUUUAGAGUGAAAUUCUACCCACACGAACCCUUGAAGAUUAAAGAAGAGCUCACCAGGUACCUCCUCUUCCUGCAAAUUAAAAGAGAUAUUUUCCACGGCCGACUGCUCUGCUCCUUUUCAGAUGCUGCCUACCUGGGUGCCUGUAUCGUUCAAGCUGAGCUCGGUGAUUAUGAUCCUGAUGAGCAUCCUGAGAAUUACAUCAGUGAGUUUGAGAUUUUCCCCAAGCAAUCACAGAAGCUGGAAAGAAAAAUAGUGGAAAUCCAUAAAAAUGAACUCAGAGGCCAGAGCCCACCAGUUGCUGAAUUUAACUUACUCCUGAAAGCUCACACUUUGGAAACCUAUGGGGUGGAUCCCCACCCAUGCAAGGAUUCAACAGGCACAACAACAUUUUUAGGAUUCACUGCUGCAGGCUUUGUGGUAUUCCAGGGAAAUAAGAGAAUCCAUUUGGUAAAAUGGCCCGAUGUCUGCAAGUUGAAGUUUGAAGGAAAGACUUUUUAUGUGAUUGGCACCCAGAAGGAGAAAAAAGCCAUGUUGGCAUUCCAUACUUCAACACCAGCUGCCUGCAAACAUCUUUGGAAGUGCGGGGUGGAGAACCAGGCCUUUUAUAAGUAUGCAAAAUCCAGUCAGAUCAAGACUGUGUCAAGCAGCAAGAUAUUUUUUAAAGGAAGUAGAUUUCGAUAUAGCGGUAAAGUUGCCAAAGAGGUGGUGGAGGCAAGCUCCAAAAUCCAGAGGGACCCUCCGGAGGUGCACAGAACCAACAUUACUCAGAGCCGCAGUUCUCACUCCUUGAACAAACAGCUCAUCAUUAACAUGGAGCCCCUGCAGCCCUUGCUGCCGUGUCCCUGUGAGCAGGAGGAGGAACUUCCGUUGGGUGAGGGUGUUCCAUUACCCAAAGAAGACAAUAUUUCUGCCCCCUUGAUCUCCAGCUCACCAGUGAAGGAAGCCCGGGAGUAUGAGAACCCCCCAAGAGAAGAGGAAGAUAAAAUAAGAGAAGAGCCCUUGACCAUCUCUGAACUGGCAUAUAACCCAAGUGCCAGCCUGCUCCCCACUCCCGUUGAUGAUGACGAGAUUGACAUGCUCUUUGACUGUCCAUCUAGGCUGGAAUUGGAAAGAGAAGACACAGAUUCAUUCGAGGAUCUGGAAGCAGAUGAAAAUGCCUUUCUGAUGGCUGAAGAAGAGGAGCUGAAGGAGGCUCACCAAGCUUUGUCGUGGAGCUAUGACAUUCUGAGCGGCCAUAUUCGGGUGAACCCACUGGUCAAGAUCUUUUCCAGGCUCCUGGUGGUGGGCCUGGGGCUGCUGCUCUUUGUAUUCCCCCUGCUCCUCCUCCUUUUGGAGUCAGGUAUUGAUCUCUCCUUCUUAUGUGAAAUCCGCCAGACGCCAGAGUUUGAGCAGUUUCACUAUGAAUACUACUGUCCUCUCAAGGAGUGGGUGGCUGGCAAAGUAAACCUCAUUCUCUACAUGCUGGGUUGCUCAUAAGGCUCAUAUCUCAUAUGACUAAGGGCUAUAUUCAAUACUAGUGAUUUGUUUUUUUCAGCAAAUGCCUGGUUCUGAAUGGUCACAGGGCCAUCAACAGGUGUUCUUUACUCAUAACUGAUUAUUCAAACCUUUAAGUUAGCUUUCCAUAAUUCACUGCAAUUAAAUAAGUUUAAAUCAAAUACAUUUAUUUUAUUUACAGGUCAGGAAGAUGGCCUUUAAAUAACCAAAAAUAUGUUUAUUUUUUAUUAUAUUACAGACAUACUCUUUAUCUAUUAUAUCAUAAUACGUUGAGCUGAAUUAGAUUUCCCCUUUUUUAAUAGUUAGCAGCAUUACAAGCUAUAAGGUUCAGAAUCAGAAUUUUAGUAAAAACCCAAGAGAAGGUUUUUGAAUAUAAUCCUUAGUGAAAACAACAUCUUCUAACCAAUGCCUAUACAACUAAAUUUAUGCUGGGCUUUUGUUUUUGUUUUUUUAAAAAUAUUUUUAUGUGUUCAAAAUAUUUUGGUAAAUUUUUAGCAAAAAAAAAAAAAAGAAGAAGCCACCUGGAGUUAUUUAAGUGUACAGAUUGUAAGAAUAAUGCACAAAGAGUAUGUCAGGAAUUUUUUUAAUGUUUUGGCACUGGUUUGUUUUUAAAAAUGUUUUUGGCUAAAUCAUUGCAUAAUUUGUUGUUACCUGCAUAUGAGAUAGAAAAUAGGUAGAAAGACACUGUAAUAAGUAAGCUCCUAAGAUGGAUGAUGGAACUGGAGGAUGUAGAAACUGAGAGCAUCAAAUGGACACAGGGUGGUCCAUUUAUCAAAGUAUUUGGACAAGAUGACAUUACUUUCAUUUGCAUUCUGUCCAUAUAUUUUGGCUGGGGAAGUAGAAUGUUUUUAAAGGAAAGUGAAACUUUAAAGGAAAAUAGUUAAAAGAUAUGCUAGUUAAUUGCAUAUUAUUGUACAUUAACCCAAGAGUGGAAGCAGAUGGGAAUGGGGCAAAUGGCAAGUAGCAAAACAGAGUUCUGGUGAGGCUGAUAGGCAAGUGGCAGCUGGCAGAUGAUCUGUUUGAUGAAAGUGAUGAUGAUGCAAGGUCCUGGAUGAUGUAAAGAACAGUGUACUCACUGUCCGAGUUGACAUGAAUAUGCGUAAGUGGCUCUAAAUAAAAGUGGGGAAACUUUAAGUCA